ACUGAAAAAAUUUCCCCCUCUAUUCGUCUCUCUUCCUUCCCUCCAGUCUCUGUCAAAAGCUGAGGCGAAACUUCAAACUUUCGUCCCUGCAAAACCCUAAAGAACGAUACCUGCUCCGGUUUCUACUCUCUAAUUUAUCUCUCUCACUCUAAAAUUUACAGUCUUGCUCUUUUGUUACUGGAAAAUCUCGACCUUGAUGGGGAUUUUUGAACCUUAUAGAGCAAUUGGGUACAUCACUACUGGUGUUCCGUUUUCAGUUCAGAAGCUGGGAACAGAGACUUUUGUAACUGUCAGCGUUGGAAAAGCAUGGCAAAUUUACGAUUGCUCUAAACUGAAUUUGGUGCUUAUUGGACCUCAAUUGCCAAAAAAAAUACGAGCUCUUGCAUCCUACCGUGAUUUCACAUUUGCUGCAACUGGGAAUGAGAUUGCAAUUUUCAAGCGUGCUCAUAAGGUGGCCACUUGGAUCAAGCAUAACGAAAAGGUUAAUAUGUUGCUCUUGUUUGGUGACCAUAUUCUGAGCCUGGACAUUCGAGGUAAUCUUUACAUAUGGGCAUUUAAAGAUCUUGAAAAUAGUGUUGCCCCAGUAGGGCAUAUCCAGCUGGAACAAAAUUUUUCUCCAAGUUGCAUCAUGCAUCCAGACACUUAUCUGAACAAGGUUGUUAUUGGGAGCAGUGAAGGUUCCUUGCAGCUUUGGAACAUAAGCUCACAGAAGAAAAUUUAUGACUUCAAAGGGCGGAAUUCAGCAGUUCACUGCUGUGUUUCAUCAUCUGCCCUCGAUGUUGUUGCAGUGGGUUGUGCAGAUGGAAAAGUCCACAUCCACAAUUUACGAUAUGAUGAAGAAGUUGUCUCCUUCACCCAUUCUACUAGAGGUGCUGUGACUGCCUUGUCUUUUCGGACAGAUGGCCAGCCCCAUCUCGCAUCUGGGGGUUCAUCUGGUGUGAUAAGUAUAUGGAAUCUUGAUAAAAGAAGGAUUCAUUCAGUCAUAAAAGAUGCCCAUGACAGCUCAAUAGUGUCACUUCACUUCUUUGCCAAUGAGCCUGUCCUCAUGAGUUCUUCAAGUGACAAUUCUAUAAAAAUGUGGAUAUUUGAUACAAGUGAUCAGGAAGCACGUCUUCUACGUUUUCGAAGUGGCCAUAGUGCUCCUCCUCUAUGCAUAAGGUUUUAUGGCUAUGGUCGACACUUGUUAUCUGCUGGGCAGGACCGUGCUUUCCGAUUUUUGUCCAUUUCCCAGGAUCAUCAAAGUAGAGAGCUAUCCCAGCGCCAUGUGUCUAAGAGGGCCAAAAGGCUUAAGUUGAAGGAAGAGGAGAUCAAGUUAAAGCCUGUAAUAUCAUUUGAUUUUGCUGAAAUCCGUCAACGUGAUUGGUGUAACGUUGUAACCUGUCACAUGGAUACACCACAAGCAUAUGUGUGGCGCCUUCAGAACUAUGUGCUGGGAGAACACAUAUUGAAGCCAUCAUGCCCUGACAACCCAACGCCUGUCAAGUCGUGUGCAGUCAGUGCAUGUGGUAACUUUGCUGUGCUGGGAACACAAGGUGGUUGGAUUGAACGAUUUAAUCUACAAUCUGGUGAAAGACGAGGUAGCUAUGUGGAAAAUUACGAGCAAAGAAGGUGGGCUCAUGAUGGUGAAGUAGUCAGCCUUGCCUGUGAUGCCACAAACUGUCAUUUGAUAAGUGCAGGUUAUCAUGGUGAUAUAAAGGUUUGGGACUUUAAGGGGCUUGAAGUGAAACAUAGAUGGGAAGUUGGCUGCCCAGUCGUUAAGUUUGUCUAUCAUCGCAGUAACGGUCUUUUGGCCACUGUCGCAGACGACAAGGUUCUUCGUUUAUAUGAUGUUCUUGCUGUUAGGAUGGUUCGGAAAUUUGAGGGACAUUCAGACCGUAUUACUGACUUAUGUUUCAGUGAAGAUGGGAAAUGGCUUUUGUCUUCAAGUAUGGAUGGAACUCUUAGAGUAUGGGAUGUGAUCAGGGCUAAGCAGAUCGAUGCGAUACAUGUUGAUGUGGCUAUUACAGCAUUAUCACUGUCUCCAAGAAUGGAUAUUUUAGCAACUACGCAUGUCGAUCAAAUUGGAAUUUACACUUGGGUUAAUCAAAUGUUAUACUGUGGCUCCUUGAAUGUGGACUCCUUUGGUAGUAAGAGUGAGGUUGUGAAGGUUCAAUUGCCUACUGUCUCUUCGAAACAAGGUUCCGAGGACAUCGACACUGUUCAUGAGCAAAAAUCUGAAGGCACUGAAACUUCUGUUCCAUAUUCUAACUCUCAAAUUCCUGAUCUAGUUACUCUGUCCUUACUGCCCAAGGCCCAAUGGCAAAGCCUCAUCAAUCUUGACCUCAUAAAGAUACGAAAUAAGCCCAUUGAACCGCCUAAGAAACCAGAGAAAGCUCCAUUUUUCUUGCCCAGUCUUCCUUCACUCUCUGGUGAUGUAUCAUUUAAGCCUAGUUCUAUUGAUAACAGUACGAGCGAGAAAGGGACAGAAAAUGAUAAAGGGCUUUCACGACCUUAUAGUAAGUGGGAACAUGAAUCAUCAACUCUAUUUGUGCAACUCCUGCACUCGUGUUCAGAGACGAAGACCUUUCAUGAAUUCAGAGACUACAUUAAGAAUCUCUCUCCCUCAACUCUGGACAUGGAGAUUCGAAUGCUUCAGAUCAUUGAUGAUGAAGAUAUUCAAGAACCUGAGCAAAGACCAGAACUGCUAUCAAUUGGAUUACUUUUGGAUUAUUUUAUACUGGAAGUUUCACAUGGCAGCAACUUUGAAUUCAUUCAGGCUGUGAUUAGAGUUUUCCUGAAGAUACAUGGCGAAACAGUGAGACGCCAUGCCAUGUUGCAGAAGAAAGCACAGAAACUUCUGGAAAUUCAAGCUUCUGUUUGGCAGAAAAUUGACACAAUGUUUCAGAGUACAAGGUGUAUGGUAACAUUUCUCAGCAAUUCCCAGUUUUUUUGAAACAACUAUUAAACGAGGUAACCUUCUGAUGCUUUAAUUCUUGUUAAUUGCUACCGUCUAAUACUUGUCUUUUUGGAUAAUUGGACGUGCAGUCAUGCAUGCAUAUUGUCUGCUUGCAUUUGUCAUAUGCAUGGGUGUGUGCAAGAGAGAGAGAGAGAGAGAGAGAGAGAGAGACUUGGCAUUUGGUGAUUUCAUGAUGAUAUUUUCCAGUUGGGCCUUUUAUCUUAUUUUUACUAUUAUUUAGCUGGAAGAAGAAGAAGCUUUUAAGGUCAUUGACGACCACGCAAGCGUGUUUGGCUGAUACACGCAUGUACUUCACGCUUGGAGCCUGGUUGCGAGAUGCAGGAUCGAGAUUGACUGAAAGUUUGGAUCUAAAUCAUGCUGGUUAACUUGAACUAUAAUUACACUACAUGACUCUGCAUACAGACAUACACACUUCCUAUAAGGAAAACGAAGAUAGCUUUGCACUGGUGAGAGAUUGAGAAACUUUCAGGGUUCACAACUGGUGAGAGAUUGAGAAACUUUCAGGGUUCACAGAGAGAGAGAGAGAGAGAGAGAGAGAGAGCCCUUGCAACAACUCCGGACUUCUUUUUUCCUAGCAAUGAGGAUUGCAUCGAACAAGAAAAUUUUGUACCAUGUAUAAGGGUAUAUCGGGGCAAAGUCUAUUUAUUGUUGAAUUUUGGCUUAUUGGCGUUCUGUUCUUGAUAUUAUAUACACACACAUAGACAGCCCUUUUGAUUUAUUAAAAAAUAUCCCAGUGUAUUUUUACAUUUUAUGCUUCUCUCUUUGUAUUUUUUAUUUUUUUAAGAUACCCUUGUUUUCAUUGUAAAGAAUCAACGCAGUUCAAAACCAA